AUAGACAAGCCAUUUUGGGUGUUGCUACAACUGAACUGACGCCUGGAUUUGAAUUUGCUGAAAAGUUGUAUAGUUCUGAAGAUAAGGGAAUAAGAUCUUCACCUCGAUCCAUAGCAAUGGUGGUGGACAUUGAUUAA